GACCAGAAGAAAACAUGGAGGCACCGGCUGAGGAGUGUACUUUCACAGGAUUAAAAGAAGGCUAGUUUUCUGUCACCUCAGGCUCAAAAUGGGAAAAGGGUGUAAAGUGGUGGUGUGUGGCCAAGCAGCGGUCGGAAAAACUGCCAUUGUGGAACAGCUGCUGUACGGAAACCACUCUAUUGGUUCAGAGUCCAGGGAGACGCUGGAGGACGUGUACGUGGCCUCAGUAGAAACUGACCGAGGUGUGAGGGAGCAGCUGAGACUCUACGAUACCAGAGGACUUCAUGAUGGACAAGACCUCCCCAAGCACUACUACUCUGUGGCUGAUGGCUUCGUCCUGGUUUACAGUGUGGACAGCUUGGACUCGUUCAAGAGAGUGGACGUUCUGAAGAAGGAAAUAGACAAGUCCAGGGACAAGAAGGAGAUAACUGUCAUUGUGUUGGGGAACAAAAGCGACCUGCAGGAGCGCCGUCAGGUGGACCAGGAGGUGGCGCAGCAGUGGGCCCGGGGAGAGAAGGUGAAGCUGUGGGAGGUGAGCGUGGCUGAACGCAGCUCACUCAURGAACCCUUCACUCAGCUGACCAGUCGCCUCACGCAGCCCCAGAGCAAGUCGUCAUUUCCUCUGCCUGGACGCAAAAGCAAAGGCACCACAUCUAAUGACAUGUYACCCCGCCCCCUUCACAUCUAAUGACAUGUAACCCCGCCCCCUUCACAUCUAAUGAUAUGUGACCCCGUCCCCUUCACAUCAAGUGACAUGUGACCCGCCCCUCCUUACAUCCAGUGACAUGUGACCCGCCCCUCCUUACAUCCAGUGACAUGUGACCCCGCCCCUCUUCACAUCCAGUGAUGUGACCCCGCCCCCUUCACAUCCAGUGACAUGUGACCCACCCCUCCUUACAUCCAGUGACAUGUGACCCACCCCUCCUUACAUCCAGUGACAUGUGACCCACCCCUCCUUACAUCCAGUGACAUGUGACCCUGCCCCUCUUCACAUCUAAUGAUAUGUGACCCCGCCCCCUUCACAUCAAGUGACAUGUGACCCUGCCCCCUUCCCAUCAAGUGACAUGUGACCCUGCCCCCUUCACAUCUAAUGACAUGUGACCCCGCCCCUUCACAUCAAGUGACAUGUGACCCGCCCCUCCUUACAUCUAAUGACAUGUGACCCCGCCCCCUUCACAUCAAGUGACAUGUGACCCCGCCCCCUUAACAUCCAGUGACAUGUGACCCCGCUCCUCUUCACAUCCAGUGACAUGUGACCCCCUCCUCUUCACAUCCAGUGACAUGUGACCCCGCUCCUCUUCACAUCCAGUGACAUGUGACCCCUCCCCCUUCACAUCCAGUGACAUGUGACCCCUCCCCUCUUAACAUCCAGUGACAUGUGACCCCGCUCCUCUUCACAUCCAGUGACAUGUGACCCCCUCCUCUUCACAUCCAGUGACAUGUGACCCCGCCCCCUUCACAUCCAGUGACAUGUGACCCCUCCCCCUUCACAUCCAGUGACAUGUGACCCCGCCCAUGCUUGGUGGUAUUCAGCUGUAUUGACCAGCUCAUCUGCACUGACUGGGUUAAUACUCUGCAGUUUACACACAAACAUGCACGUGUCCUUUAACAUAGCUUGCCUUUUUUUUGAUCAGAUAAUUAAUUGAUUUUCCCUUUAGAUGUUCAGUCUAGAUGUCAUGAGUCUGCUUUAGUAUAAAGUUGGGAACCAGAAGAAGGCCUGCAGUUGGGUGUUGCUGCAGCUUCAGAACGUUUUCCUUUUCUCGCUUCAGCACCUUAGGGAUGCUAAAAGCUGGCAGCCCAGACUGUCUGUGAUAAGACUGAUUGUAACACAUUAUAUUAGUGUUUGAUUGGAUGUUUGGUUUCUGUUCUAAGUUGAUACAAAGAAAUCUUUCUGCCACCASUUUCACAUCUCAUCCCAUCUGUACAGAGUAGAGAUCUUACAGGUAUUWCUUACAGAUUUUAGUCAUUAAUAUCUUCAUAUCUUAUCUGUUGCUCAUUAAAUAACAUCAGUUUGGAGGAAUAAGUCAUGUUUAUGGAGCUAACAAGCUGGUUCAAACAGCCAAUUUCAAUAUGGGUAUCUGCUAUGUUAAAAUAAUUCCAAUCUCACAAAUUUCUAGACUGGCAUUUAGAAUUAGACCUUGUCAAACCAACCWUUAUUAGCCUGUCAGUAGGUUGAAGAUCAAAUAGAUUUAGUCAUCAUAAAAGAACUUACAGAGUCCUUCGUGUCAUUUCUGCUGUAGAGCAUUGUGAUGUGACUGCAACCAGUCAGCUGUGAAGCAGAGAUUUUGUGUCCAGUUGAUGAAAAAGACAUCUUUGCAGAUAACUCAAGAUUUCUGUAGGUGUUUUACUUGUAACAGUUCACUCAGGYCUGACUUGGACUGGCUGUUAGCUGCUGUCAGAAUAAAAACUUUUCUCCAAACUAAGCUCAGUCAAAGAGUCAUCUACAACAGGUAAGAUGCUGUUUAUAGKUUUUCCACAAAUCCAUCAUUUGAACAGUUUCCUGUAGGCGGUGCUACACAAUGGAGAGCUGCUUCAGUCUCAUGGCAGCAAUAACCUUUACGUUGAACGGUCUAUGAUUUGUCUUUAACUAGAGAAAUGUCAUGAAAUAUUUAUUUUUAAACUAAAUUAUUUUUGUCACUUUAAUGAGAUACAUUUUGUGAUGUGUUGUUUUCAGUGUUAAUGUUUAAUAUUUAUUGUGCAACUAGGAGAUGAAGCUUCUUGUCUGCAGCCUUGUCACAAUAAAGCUGUGAAAUGA